CUGCUGCCGACCAGAAGGCUAGCUCACAGAGGGAAAUGAUUCCGCAUGAAGCUGACAGACGGCUCUCCUCCUCUCUCCACGACAACGCCGGGUGUGCCGCUCUCUGCUCUCUGCUGAGCCAGAGCCAGGCGUUGGACAGACGCUGAGCUACCCCUUCCCUCCCUCUCUACCCCCUCCACCCUCCUACCUACCUACCUACCCCUCCACCCUCCCACCUCCCUCUCUACCUCCUACACCCUCCUACCUACCUAACUACCCCCUCCACCCUCCUACCUACCUAACUACCCCCUCUACCCUCCAGUCUCCUGGUCCUACCCACCCACACAACCAGCAGGAGGGCCUACUCUGUCAAGGAGGAAAACCAGGCCAAGGAGAGAGAGAGAGAGAGAGAGAGAGAGAGAGACAGAGAGAGAGAGAGAGAGAGAGAGAGAGAGAGAGAGAGAGAGAGAGAGAGAGAGAGAGAGAGAAUGUGAACGAGGCAGAGACAUAAAUAGAGCAGAAAGAGAACUAGAGAGUUAGUGUGAAAAGAGAGACAGGCACACCUGCCGUUGCCGUGGGAGCAACGCGUGUCUAUGUGACAGAAAGUCUAGAGAGAAAAGACAACAGUAUGAAGUCCAACCAUGAGCGCAGCAACGAGUGUCUGCCCCCCAAGAAGAGAGAUUUCACAGCCAGCACUGCAGAUGACAGGCCCCUGUUGAUGGCGCCCACCGGCGAGACCCAGCGAGGAGAGAACCUGACAUGGCUGGCCAGCAUAGCUGGCGGGCACAACAGAGACAUUAGCGGAGGUAACGGGGAUGGCGGUAGAGGUGGGCAGCGUACCAGCACUCCCUGUGAGUCUGACGUGCCCCAGUACAAACCACUAUGCUCCACCAUUACCACCCACUCAGACUUCCUGGUCCCUUCCUCCAUCUGUUCCUCGUCUUCAUCACAUCAGUCCAGAGUGGUGACCACAUCGCUACCUGCCAUGUACAGCUCUCCUCUGUCCCAACCAGGGGGGACCAUCCACUACACCCAGCUUCCCCACAACCUUCAGUUCAUCAGUUCCCCUUAUACAGGCCCCUACGCUGGCUACCUCUCCUCCCAGCCCCCCCUUCUACCCACCUCCACAUCCCAACGCUCCCACCCUGACCCCUACCCCAACACCACCAUCACCGCCAAGCUGGACCAGCACCACUCUGUGGGUCUGGGUCGCCCCCCACCCCAGUCCCUACCCCCAGGCCUGGCUGUAUCGGACACUGGCCCCCAGUACGUCCAGCUCUCUGGUUCCUCUCAGAGCGUGGCCCCCCGGACUGCCCCCUUGUCCCACGAAGGGACCCACCACCUGCACCACGACCCCCACCACACCCUGGCCUUCAGCGGGGGAUCCCAGGUGCGAGUACAGUAUGCGGGCUCCGGCUCCGAGGGGCCCCUGACUAAGAGAGAGGAGGGCCGGCCCAGAGAGCUGCACAAUGGAGAGCUGGAGAAGAGGGGCCGCUUUGAGAGGAAGGAAAGCAAAGGAGCCCCAUCCUCAUCCUCCUCUUCUACCUCCUCUUCCUCCCAUCACCAGCUCCACCAGCAGCAGAGCUCCCACCAUCACUAUGAGACCUAUACCUCCCAUGAUGCCUCAGGGCUACGGACCUCUCUCAUGCUCGUCCCCAACAGUCACGGAGGACAAGACCACCAGAGUCCCGAAAGACUACCCCUCUCCUCUGCCUUGCACCCAGAGAAAGGCAGCCUCCUCCUGGGUAAACCUGUGUACCGCACCUCUUCCUCCACCUCCUCCACGUUCACCUUUCCCUCUGCGCUCAAUGUGGAGAGUCUUAAGGCAGCCGUCAGCUCCCUGUCCCCCCACACUCACACAGUCAUCCAGCCCACACACAACGCCAGCGAUGCAUCGCCCCUCUCCCUAGGCCAACUCUCCACCAACUUCUACCAGGCUGGCCCAGGUGGGCAGCCCAUCAUCGGCUAUCUGUCUGGGGGUGCAGGGGGGCAACAGUACCACACCAGUCUGUCCCAGCACCUGCUCAUCCCAGGGGCCUCAGGGUCUCAACCUAUCAUCAUCCCCGUCAGUGGGGCCGGGGUCACCAGCCUGGAGGCUGGCCAUACUGCCCACAUAGCCACCACUAGCCAACCACAGCCCUUCCCUGCCACACUCCCCCACGCCUACGUCGCCGCCACCACUAACCCCAGAGAGGAGCAUCUAUUUGAGGUCCCGGCCCCCUAUCCUCCUCUGUCCCACCCUGCUGGUGCCGGGGGGAGCAUGGUCCAGGCCCAGCUACACCUCCCGGUGGUCCCAACCCCCCAGGCCCCCUCCUCGGCCCCCUCAGGCUCCACGCUGCCCGCCUACUUUAUCAAGGGCUCCAUCAUCCAGCUGGCGGACGGGGAGCUGAAGCGCGUGGAGGACCUGAAGACGGACGACUUCAUCCAGAGCGCUGAGAUCAGCAGCGAGCUGAAGAUAGACUCGUCCACCGUGGAACGCAUCGACGACAGCCACACCUCCAACUUCGCCAUCGUACAGUUCUCCGUGGGCGAGCACCGCGCUCAGGUGAGUGUGGAGGUGCAGGUGGAGUAUCCCUUCUUCGUAUUCGGCCAGGGCUGGUCGUCGUGCUGCCCGGACCGGACCACUCAGCUGUUAGAACUACCCUGCACCAAGCUCUCAGUGGGGGACGUCUGCAUCUCCCUCACCCUGAAGAACCUGAGGAACGGUUCACUGAAGAAGACCCAGCAGACCCAGAACCAGGCCAUGGAAAUCACUACUAGCUGCAACAUGGGCUCCAUCCACGGGCCCCUCAAACCCUCCAGGUCGUCCCGGGGUGGAAGGGGGUCAGCCAGGCACGGGGAGCAGGAGAACGGGGUGGGCCAUAGAGGCUCCAGUGGGGGAAUGGUGGUUGAAGGUGUUCAGUUCACCUCAGAGAAUGGGGAAUGGAGGUUCGGCGACGGGGGGGAGGCCAACUUGAAAGGAGGCCAGCCUGGAGAUUCAGAAUCCAGCAGGGGUGCAGCCAAGCCGGCGAGCCGCAAGAGGAGGUGGUCGGCCCCCGAGGGCCGUCAGGUGGAGAGGAGCGAAGAGGUGCCCCAGUUGACUCUACCCAAACCUUCCUUUAUCACUCAGGAGAAGGUUAGAACUACACAUCUAAUCCUAAACAAGGGGUCACCAGAUGCCUCGACACUCAUCCACCUAGACCACUCAGCUAGGUGAUGUCACCCAGCAGGGCCAGACCAGCCAGGCGAGGUCAUCAGGCCGCGCCACUGGGCCACCAUGAAGAGAGAACUCUUCCUUCCUUUGUUAUGUUUGGGUGACAGUGGAGUCAUUAUGUUAUUAUUCUUGAAACCUUCUGAGCUGAUAAUGAUAUAUUUAAAUGAUUGUCUAAAACUUUGAGGUCAGGGGUCACAUACUGUAUGUAUAAUUUGAUCCAGGGUGGUUAAGUAAAGUGUUUAUGUUAUUCCUUUAUACAUACAUUUACAAUCCCACUGAGUUGAUGAACUAUGGGAUUAUUCAAAGGAAUAUGAUUUUUACUUGGUGCAACCUUUUCAUUUUUAUGGCAGAAAGAAAGAGCUUACGUCUCAAAUGGUCCCCUAUUCCCUAUAUAGUCCACUGCUUUUACUAAGGCUCUAUCCUUAUGGGCCCUAGUCAAAAGUAGUGCACAAUAUAGGGAAUAGGGGCCAUUUGGAACGCAGUCAGAGAGUCACUGUAGAGUCUUUAGAGAGAGACAGCAUGUUGUCUUGAAGCACUUGCAUUUGCACACCUGUCACACUCACCAACUGAUGAUAACACAACUAUUAUUAUUAUUAUUAUUAUUGUUAUUGUUGGUCUCUCUUCAUUAACACAGUACUGUAUGUUUUUGAUAUUUUACCUUGAGGAAGAAGUAGAACUCUGUGACAGCAGCACUUUAGAACAGUGAAGGGGUCAUGAUGAUUUCAUAGGGUAAUGAUGACGUCAUGGGGUCACAAAGUCACUUGACCUUUGACAGGGAUGAAUGUGACAGGUGAUGAAGCGAGUGCCAGUUAGGAGAGGGAAAGAAAGUGAGAAAGAAAACAGAGGAAUAUAGAGGACUAUAUAAUAGCAGAAGAGUUUUUUUUUGUUAAGGCACUUUCCUCCAAUCAGAACAUGCUCUUCAAAAUAUGGGUGUGGUCAAAAAAUGACACAUUACUGCCUUUUCAAGGAACUCAAAAUGUCAAUCAAGUCCAAAAGGAGAUUGGACAAAGGAUGGGAAUAGGCGGGAACUAUGUACAGGUAUGCUGUGGACGAGACGGAGAGAGUUAUAGACGCUCUAGACACAGAAAUGUUGAAGUGUGUCAUAUACAUAAUGUAUGUACGGGAAGUGUGCAUGAAUGUAGGUAUGUGUAAGUACACACACACCAGAGGAGGCUGGUGGGGGUAGCUGCAGGAGGACAUGUUCAUUGUAAUGGCUGGAAUGGUAUAGAUAGAACGGAGUCAAACACACUGUUUCCAGGUGUUUGAUGUGUUUGGUAACGUUGCAUUGUUUCCAUUCCAGCCAUUACAAUGAGCCCGUCCUCCUAUAGCUCCUCCCACCAGCCUCCUGUGACACACACGGAAUACAGUACCUACACAGACAGGCACUCUCCUGAAGGUGAGGGAGGACUGUAUGUAUUUCAUACUUGUUGAUAUUCGUUUAAUAUGUAUCCAAAUACUUUCGUUGCAUAGAUGUUUCCCCUUGAUGAUAUAGAGAAGACAAUAUAUUUGAGUAGGAAACUAAGACGAUAGUGAUUCUCAGUGGUCUGUGCAGCGUGUGUUUGUUUGUUUGUGUGUGUGUGUGUGUGUGUGUGUGUGUGUGUGUGUGUGUGUGUGUGUGUGUGUGUGUGUGUGUGUGUGUGUGUGCGUGUGUGUGUGUGUGCGUGCGUGCGUGCGUGCGUGCGUGUGUGUGUAUAGAAAUGUCAUAUAAGUUAAUUUGAUAUAUCCCAUGUUAAAUGUCCAGGGUUCCUGUUUUGGGAGUUCUACUUAAGAGAAUCUUGCAAUUUGCACAUCUGGAGAGGUAGUCAGUUGGGUGACAUGACUUUCUGGCUGUGUACGAAAUGGCGCCCUUUUCCCUAUAUAGUGCACUGACCAAAAGUAGUGCACUAUAUAGGGAAUAGAAUGCCAUUUCAGAUACACCUAUGUUUUCAGCCAGGUUGCACACACAAACACACACACUCACACAAACACACAGUGAGCGGAAACCAUAGAGAUAGGUAGAGGACUCAUCUUUGUAUCUGUGCCAUUAUAGUGUCUGUGACAGCCUCAAUGGCGCUGUCCAUGCUAUCUCCAUUUUAAAGUAGUCAAUUGUCAUCUUCACUAUUGGCUGGUCCCUCCUGAUGACCCAAUUGGACAUGACUCCAACAGGGUCACCAGGAGGGAUCAUCCAAUGAAGUUGGAAGUCCCACCCAGUUGACUACAUUAAAAUGUUGGAAUCCCUCAAUGGCGCUACCCUUGUCAAUACGACCUUUUGGCCACUAGAGGCCUCUAUCAUUCUCUAUGGCUGAAACCCCAUUUUACUGAAAUGUAGCAGUUACUUAACAAGUGCGCUCCCUGCUGAUUGGCUCUGACAAUCUUGACUCUGCUCCUCAUUGGACAACCACACUGUCAAUCACAUCUGUGGCACGUCCAAGUCCCACCCACUUGUUGGGGGUUUGGUUGAGAGACAGUGUGGAGGUGUGUCGGUCGGUCUUGGAGCCGGGGGCGGGGCCACCAGCAGGUACACCUGUUGAGCUCUCUGAUUGGACUAGAUGUUCAGGUGUGUUUAGGUGGUAGAAGAUGUGGCAGAGUAGGAGAAGUAUGUAGAAGUUGCUUCUAGCCACUGAUGUAGGUUCAGAUGAUGAGUUCAUCCUCCUAAAGGUUCGUGUUAGGUGUGGGUGUAGGGGAAUCUGAUCCUAGAUCUGUGGUUAAGAGGAACUCCUACCUGGAGGGUGCGGGUGAUUGCCGUGGUGAUGGACAGAUGGUUGUGUGACUUGGACGGAUGGACGGAUGGAUGGUAAAGUCAGAUGGAUGGUGGUGGCGGUGGUGGGGAGUGAGUAGACACCCUGUAUAAGAUUUGAAAAUGCUUUAUUGUUUUGAAUAAAACAGGGUUUCUCAGAUCAA